ACAAAAACACACAAUGAAAUUAAUAAUUAUUGGUGUUGUUUUAAUUUGGAUAACCAUAUUGCCGUCAAAUAUAGCCGAAAAAAUUCGAGAAUCAGAAGACAUAUGGAAACAAUCACCAUUAGAAUACGACGAACAAUGUGUAAAAUGGUGCACCAAUAAUAAAAAAACAAAAGGAUUAUUUGUCAGACCACAUCAGUAUAAUUCGCCAAUUCAGAUGUCUAAUCAAAGGAUAAACGAUUUAAGAGCUGAUAAAAAAACAGAACUAUUUCCACCAGAAUUUUUUGAAGAAUUUUAUGAAAAAAUAAAACAAGAUGGCCAAUUGUUUGCACAAAAAAGCCAAAUAGAUCAUACAGUACAAGAUCAUCAACAGCUUCCUAACAGAGAAUAUUUAAAACACAUUUUUGAAGAUAACAUAGGCCAUCCGCUUAAAAAACACACAAAUUUUGAACAAAAAUUACAAAGCAAGAUUUCAGGGAAAGGAAGUGCAAAUCCUGUUUCUCAAGAGGAACCCAUGGAUUCAAUGGAAGGAAAGCAAUUAAUAAUUAAUCAGGAUAACAUUAUGGAAGGACCAUCUGCUGGUUAUUUAGGUAACAAUAUGCAAGGACUUUCUCAGGGCUACCCAAACAACAAUAUACAAGGACCUCCUCAAGGUUACCCAGAUAACAAUAUGCAAGGAUCUCUUCAACCUAAUCAAGGUAACAAUAUGGAAGGAUCUAAUAAAAAACGUCCGGGAAAACCACGACCACCACUCCAACUACCUAAAUUUCCAUCAUUAUCUUCAUUCCCAUCGAUUAUGAAACCUCCGCCAAUGUGCCCUAUAGGGUGUAUGCCCGUACCAUUUUUCCAACCGCCAAAAUUUCCCUUCAUAGUAUAA